GGAGACUGGGUGGAAGGAAGGUUUAUAUAAAGUAUGAAAAAGAGAGUUAAGAGAAGAGAGAGAAGGAGUUGUUCAUAUGAGUGACUGGGGGAAUUGUUCUGAACCUGAAGUGACUACCAGGGAAGCUUAAAAAGAGAGAGGGUGAAAUUGCGGGUGCUGUGUGUGUGUGUGUGUGUGUGUGCGGGACGAGAUCAUGCUCGGGUGUGAGGGAGGGGCAGGGCUGCGGAGGUGGCUGACCCUGGUCACAGGGCUGCUGGAGUGCCUUUGUUUUGCUGGGGCCGUGUUCGGCUGGGCCUCCCUGGUGUUCGUCCUGAAGACAGAAGGCUACUUCAGCUACCUGUGUGUCAACAUCCCCGGGGUCAAUGGAAUGCAAUUCCUAGACUGCAGUGGUCAGGAUGAACAGUUCUCCCUCAUCUUCACCAUCGCUUCCUUCAUGACCAACUUUCUACUGCUGCCCAAUGGCUUCCUGUUCGACCGUUUCGGCAUCAUGGCAGUCAGGCUGCUGGGAAUAUCACUGUACACCACUGGUGCCUUGCUUGUGGCCUUUUCAAGUUCAGCUCUCUCCUCUCUCCUCUUCCCGGCCCUGUCCUUCAUCGCUGUGGGAGGCAUCUUGUUUCUGGUCACCAACAUGCAGAUAGGCAACCUGUUUGGUUCCGCUCGCUCCACCGUCAUCACCCUUUACAAUGGUGCCUUCGACUCCUCCUCCGCCCUCUUCCUCAUCAUCAAGCUGCUAUUUGAGGUUGGGAUCUCUCUACGUGCCUCUUUCCUCUUCCUGGCUGCGUGUGGCAUCAUCCACCUGGCCAGGACCUUCCUCCUUCUACCCAGAACACACAUCCCCUACCCCCUCCCUGAGGGCUACACCUACGGAAUGAAGAGCCGUGGCCAGGCCAAGACCUUCAGCUCAGAACAGGCAGCAGCCAACGGCAACAUGCAGAGGGAUGAUGUCACGGAGGAAAUGCCUUUUAACAAGGAGAGCGCAGAGAAAGUGGCUACUUUCUGGGAGUGUUUCCUGUCCAAGUUCUUCCUCUGGCACCUGGUGUGGCUUUCUGUCAUGCAGCUGAGGCACUACCUGUUCAUCGGCACCCUCAACCCCAUGCUGCAGAGACUGACCCAGGGAGAACCCUCUCUGGUGAGCACGUACACCAAUGCGUUUGCUGUGACCCAGCUGUGUGGGGUGCUGUCUGCCCCCUGGAACGGCCUCAUCAUGGACCGACACAAGGGCAAGCCCAGGACCCCCGGAGUGAGUGAGAAGGAGGCAGACCUGCGUGCGUCGGUGCUCUCCCUGACCCUGACGGCGCUGCAGUGUGUCCUGUUCUCCAUCUGUGCCUCCACCCCCUUCCUCCCCCUCCAGUACCUCACCUUCAUCCUGCAGGUCCUCAACCGAUCCUUCCUCUACGGAGGCCAUGCAGCCUUCAUCAGCAUUGUUUUUCCUCCCUGUCACUUUGGGAAGCUGUAUGGUAUGGCCAUGGCUCUGUCUUCAGUGGUUUCUCUGCUGCAGUACCCCUGCUUUAUCCUGGUCAAAGGAGUGCUGGGAGGAGACCCACUAUACGUGAACAUAGCUCUGACGUUACUCAGCAUGCUGGCCUUCAUCCAUCCUCUCUGUGUCUAUCUGCAUUGUCGUGGCCUGGCUGCCCGGAGGGGUAAACCCAAGGACUCACCUUCCUCUUAGACCAGCUCUAAAAAUACUUUCAAAUGGUCAUUUCAGCCCUCACUACUAUAGGACACCAAUAAGAAGAAGAGACUUGCUUGGGCCAAGAAACAUGAGCAAUGGACAUUAGACCGGUAGAAAUGUGUCCUUUGGUCUGGAGUCCAAAUUGUA